AUGACCCAACUGAAGCCCAUUCUCUCUCACGUCGAUAACAUCCCGUCGGCCGGAAAAUUCAAACCGGACAAAUCAUCUCUUUACUACAUCCACCAUCGUCUCCGUUACCAAACUUCUCUCCCCAAACUUACAAUUUGGUCGACCAUUUUUCUCUCAUUGAUCGUUUUUUUCUUCUUCUUAUCCCCUCCUGCCACCCCCGCCCCUCGCCGUGGCCUCCGUACAACCACUUCCUACGGCGGAUCAGGAUGGGAGAGCCGAAUCAAGCUAUCUGCUAAACCCCGUUCCGGCACUGGUCAUACAGUCCUUGUUACAGGCGCCGCCGGUUUCAUCGGCGCUCAUGCUUCGGUUGCUCUUAAACGGCGUGGAGACGGUGUGGUUGGACUCGAUAACUUCAAUCAUUACUACGACAUCACCCUAAAAAAAUCACGGAAAUCGAAACUCCUGGACCGCGCCGGUGUGUUCGUCGUUGAAGGUGACAUCAACGACGUAGUUUUGCUCCGGAAACUCUUCGGUUUAGUGCACUUCACUCACGUCCUCCACCUCGCUGCACAGGCCGGCGUAAGGUACGCAAUGGUAAAUCCCAAUUCAUACAUCAGAUCCAACAUAGAUGGCCUCGUUAACCUCCUAGAAGUUGUGAAAUCGUCGAUCGCGCAACCGGCAAUCGUCUGGGCAUCUUCCAGUUCGGUUUACGGCCUCAAUUCAAAAGUAUCCUUCUCGGAAAAAGACCGAACAGAUCAACCGGCGAGCCUUUACGCCGCCACGAAGAAAGCCGGUGAGGAAAUCGCCCAUGCUUACAAUCAUAUCUACGGUCUAUCUAUCACUGGUUUGCGAUUUUUCACUGUUUAUGGACCUUGGGGUAGACCUGACAUGGCAUAUUUCUUUUUCACCAAAGAUAUCUUGAAUCGAAAGCAGAUUUCUAUCUUUGAAGGGCCUAAUCAUGGAACUAUCGCUAGGGAUUUCACCUACAUUGAUGACAUUGUAAAGGGUUGUUUAUCAGCAAUAGACACAGCAAAAAAGAGCACCGGAAAUGGAGGGAAGAAGAAGGGUGAAGCUCAAUUCAGGAUCAUUAAUUUGGGGAAUACUUCCCCUGUUUCAGUUCAUAAGUUAGUAAGCAUUUUGGAGAAGUUGUUGAAGGUGAAAGCUAAGAAGAAGGUGGUGUUGAUGCCUAGAAAUGGGGAUGUGCCAAUAACGCAUGCCAAUAUAAGCUUGGCACGUAUGGAGCUUGGAAGAGUUCUUGGUGAAGUGAAGAAAACCAGUUUCCCUCGAAAUAACUUAGCAGUGGAAGAAUAUGGAUUGAUGUAUCGGGUUUAG